ACGCCAUGUGGGAGGCGGUGCUGCCACUAAGACUGCUGAGGGGUAUGGAGCUGCAGGGCGCGGCAGAGGAAGAGGGGGUUGGAGAGGCCGAGGCCGUGGGAGAAGCUUUGGCAGAGGUAGAGGCCGAGGUGACUAUAAUGAGGGGCAUGGGAGCUCCAGUGGCAGGGGGAGUACCAGAAUGGAGGGCACCUGCUGGUACUGCAAGAAGGUCGGGCAUCCUUGGUUCAAGUGCUUCAGCAGGCCGGAGGGAUGGGCACCUCCAGGCAUGAAGCCGCCAAGUGGUGAACGCGCACAAGGUGGCGCUGUGCAAGGCUCAGGUGCACAAGGUGAAGGUGCACAAGGUAAUGCCUAUCCUGGUUUGUUUCUUAUGGUUGAGGAUGUGCAUGGGCAUGAGGGUGAUGUGGGAUUUGUGGGAAAGGUUGUGAUGCACCCUCUCACGCACUGGGUGAUUGAUUCGGGUUGCACCAGUCACAUGACCCCACGGGCAGAUUUGCUUGAUGAGGUAAAACCCCCUGGGAAGAUCAAGUAUGUGGCAGCAGCGUCAGGUGCUUUGCUCCCCGUGAUUGGUGUUGGGAAUGCCAAGGUUAAGGGAGCUAAUGGGGAGCUUGUGGGGCUUGGG